AUGGUGAACUCCAACACUCCCGAAUCAGCAAAACCUGUACCGAUUUCCUCCCUUAAUGCGUCCCUUGUCAAUGAGAAAUUGCGUACUGCCGGAAUCUUGCUGUCUUACGAUCACGAGCACCAGCUCCUUAUAGUUCACGAUGGAGCAAAUCACGCAUGUCUGAUAGACACGUCGUUAAUCCUUGAUUCAAUGCUUGCUCUCCCAGGUUUGCGGGAGAAUAAGACGGUCGUUAGUGUUAUUGGAUACUUAGAACAUGUGGAGGGUGGUCUUCCGAUCCCGAUUAUUCCAGCUUUCGUAGAUGCACCAGUGAUUGACCCUACGUUGAUUGUUCGCGCGAUUUUGGUUACACCCACUCCUGAUCUGAACCUUGGAUACUGGGAACAUGCGAUAAUGCAGGUGGACAAGGGAAACGAAUAAACACGCCCGCCCAGUCAAGCAACGUGUAUAUCAUUAAAAUUCAAACAUUUGCUCUUCAGUGCUCCAGGCAAAUUCGUUUACUAAUGCAUUGCCACAUUUAAUACAUACUACAGAGCUUAUUGCAG